AUGAACAGUUUCGAGGAAAACACUGAGGGCGGAUCAAAGGGGACGGUUUGCAACCCAACUACGGGGUGAGUUAAUAAAAUCUAGACCAACAAUACCGUCUCAAAAAUAGAUGACUGAAAUUGUAUACUUGAUUACUGAACAAAUGUUUUAACAGUUUUUUGCGUUUAAUUUGUAACAAUUUUUUCAGAUUUGCAUCAAUGCUUCAGUCAAGAAUUUUGGGGGAACAAAUGGCCGACUUGCCGGCCUCUUCAAACAACAACAUUCAUCAACAUCAUGGACAAGAACACUCGACCGACAGUCGAACGACUAACAUCAGGUCGGACAACAACACUGAGAGUAACGGACGCUUCGACGGAGAAGCCGGACUUCUCACCGGGACGUCAAAGAACUCGAUGAAAACCGAACAGUGCGAGGAUUCGUGUCGAUUCGAGAAAGGUUCGCGCUCGGAUUUACGCAAUUUCAACAUGAACCAGGCCGACCAAUCGAGCCAGGACGAGCCGGACGAUAAUGCCUCUUUGGGAGGGUCGGCAUCGCCAAAGUCCUCAUCCCGUUCUUCAUCAAGAGCGUCGCCUUCACUCAACCAACACCGAGUCCAGUUUAAAACCCAAGACCAAGUAGACGAUCGCCGCUUGAGACGUCAGAUAGCCAACUGCAAUGAGCGGCGGAGAAUGCAAUCGAUUAAUGCCGGGUUCCAGGCCCUGCGCCAAUUCCUGCCUCAAAAAGGCGGUGAUAAAAUGUCGAAAGCCGCCAUCCUGCAGCAAACCGCCGACUUGAUUUUGACAUUGCGGGCUGAAAAAGAGGAACUGGCUUCCCAGCUCCACGGCAGUUUGAAUCCCGCGCCACCAAGUGAUCCAAGCGUCUCGUGUCGGACCACACCAAAGAAGAGACGCAUUGAUGUCGAGGAGAUGGAGGGAAAAGACGACGUUUCAGUCUACUUGAAGACGAUUGAGGACCUUAAAGCUGCCUUGAAUCGAGAACAACAGUUGAGAAUACUGUAUGAGAAAGAGAUCAUUGAUACUCGACGGAAUGCCUCCACUUCAACCCCGCUGGGACUAGAUUCCUCUCUUCUGAACAUCAGUGAACUGCUGAGAAAGAAUGAAGGUAGGUGUAAUCGUGUGAUUUCUUCGAACAUGAUGUCUUUGUUUCACCUGCAUUUUUGUAGCAUUUAUGAUUUUUUAAAAUACUUUCAGCGCUUCAAAGUCCUUGUACUCGACAGCAGGAACGCUCGCCGUUAUCCAUUGCGACUCUAAGUCCCAACCGUGAGCUGGGAAGUCCAGUGCAACAUCCACCCAACCUCGGAGGAAAUCUAUCGCCUCUUCUAAAUGUACGAAAGGCUGUUUUCAACUCGACGUUGCUUCAAAGACCUGGAGCGCUGCAAAACACCUGCUUGCAGGAUACCGUAAGAAUAUUUAUUAGACUUGUAGGUCUUACGAGGAGCGCCUAGCAUAAUAUAAGAAAGAAAAAUUCAGAAAAAUUGUGUAAUCUUGCCUUGUUUUUUAGACCGAGCACUCCAAUCAAAAUCCCGUCAACGCCAACAGCCUGCUGGCAUCCCAACAAAGCCUUUUGAAUCCGGCCUUUCUCACUUCCGCUCUUCUGAAUACGGCCCAACCCGACAUUCAGCGCUCGAUGAAUCUCUCAUUGGCUUUCUCGAAUCCUCAACAAAGAGCUGCGACAACUACCGUUCAGACUUCCGUGAACAACAGUGUGGAAGCCAGCCUACUGGCCGACAACCGCAAUCUUAACGCUCUUUUUGAAGCCAUUCGCCAACUGGAAAACGCGAAUCUGAACGCUCAAAUCCCGGUUCAACAACGGCUGGCACCGAGUGGGGGGUUCGCGCCGCCCAAUACAGCGGCCAGCUCGCAAAAUGGCCAAGUUCCAACUGACCUCUUGGUCCGAUGA